GAGCAGGAGCAGCAGCGUAGUCUCCUGUUCACUCCUCCAACUCCUUAAAUAUAACCCUCAAUCCACAAAAUACACUUCCACUCUUCUUAUUGCCUGCUGCAUUUGGGACACGAUGCCUACCGUGCAUAGGGACUUAUUGAUGGAAGUUUGUUUGGGUUACAUUUCCUGCUCUCUUUACCAUGGCUUGGCACCAAUGCUUUGGUACUUUCCACUUCAGGUUUUGGGACUCACCGGCUAUGAAAUCUUUGCUGCUGCUUAUGUCUCUCCCUUAAUAUUAAACAUCACUGCAAUCUGGAAUUUGGUGAACAACAAAUAUAUCCUUGCUGUUCUCAGGCUAAUUAGUUUAGGGAGCAUUGCUUCAUAUCAGGCCUCUGCCCCUGUCAGCCGGCUGCUUUUGCUGGCUUUUGGUGUCUCUUCUGCCCUACUUGUUCAAGCCAUAACUUGGUGGUCAGGAAGCAGUCAGCAAAGGCUCUGCAGGAUCUGGGGUUUCAUUUUGGGUCAUUUUCUGCUGCUUGUACUAAGGAUCUGGUAUACCUCAUUGAACCCAGUGUGGGCAUGCAACACAUUCAACACUUUAACACUGUCCCUGGGUGCCAUAGUGACACUGGACAGAAUAUAUUCAGAUGUUCAGAGGCUUCCACAGGAAAAAGAAGAAAUGAAAUCUGCAGAUGAGAAGAAGGAACCCGGUGCUCAGCGCAGUUGGUUUGUCAGUGGAGCUGCAUUUGGGAGUUUGUUGCUCCUCACACACUGGAUAUUUGGAGAAGUCUCGCUAGUCUCUCGAUGGGCUGUGAGUGGUCACCCAAAUACUGGACCAGAUCCUAAUCCUUAUGGAGGUCUGAUUUUGAUUGCCAUGGCACUCGGUGUGAUGUUAUCCUUUUGGCCUUCUGUGGUUAACAGCGUUGCUUUUUGGCUAAUAGGAGUUGCAUCAGUAAUUGGUAUCUUCUACCUUCGAAGGGAAGGAGCAUUCGCUUCAGGAACUGUCUUGGCCGUUUAUACUAUGUCUCUUUGGCCUCACUUGAUUAACCGCCUCAUCAGCUCAGGAUAUCCAGGGAAGGCCUUAGGCACAGCAAUGUUGGUGUACGUGCUGGAGAUGCUUGGUAUAGUGUGGUGUACAGCUUAUAAUUUUGUUCCUGGAGGUUCCAUUACUCGAGAACAAACCAUGGCAGUUUUAGGUGUGCUCAUGCAUUUGGUUGGAUUGGGAUUAUUCUUUGGCGAACAGUCCAAAUGCUUCCCAAUAGAAACUGUUUAUGUCAUUCUUUUCAAAGUCUUGGCAAAGUAUGUCAAACUAUUGCUUUGGCUAUUUGUCGGUUUGGGUCUUUUAGGAUUAGGACAUCGAUUCAUGUUGUAUCAGAAGAAAUUACAGAAUCUGUCUGCAAAGAAAGACAUUUCUGCCAUGAUAUGGUCAUACAGAUUUGGAUAUGACAAUCAAGGUUGGCCAAGUUUAGAAAGAUCAGCUGAGCUUAUUGAACAGACAGGUGCUGAUUUAAUUACCAUAUUGGAAAGUGAUGCCUCCAAACCAUUUCUGGGAAAUAAUGAUCUCACCAUGUGGCUGGGAGAGAAACUGGGUUUUUACAUGGACUUUGGACCAAGUACAAAAGACCACACUUGGGGGACUAUGGUUUUGUCGAGGUACCCAAUUGUUCAGUCCAUUCACCAUCUCCUUCCAUCCCCACAAGGAGAGCUAGCUCCUGCCAUUUCAAUGACUGUCAAUGUUUCAGGGAGUCUCGUGGACUUUGUUGUUGCUCACUUUGGUAAUGAUGAGGAUGAUUUAGACAGGAAGUUGCAAGCACAAUACAUUUCUAACUUAUUGAAGGAAAUCCCACAUCCUGUUAUAUUUCUGGGUUACAUUACUUCUGCACCAGGCUCCAGAGACUACAUACAAAUUAGGAAAUUUGGAAAUGUAAAGGAUAUAGAUCAGAGUGAUUCACAUAGAUGGUGUGAGUACAUUAUGUACCGUGGACUAAUAAGGUUGGGCUAUGCCCGCAUUUCUCAUGGUGGUCUGAGUGAUACGGAAGUCCAGUUGGCAAAGUUUCGGAUUCCUGAUGACAAAAAUCAUUAUGAAGAUAAUGGUAGAAUUGAAACUGAUCCUAAAAAUGUGCCUGAAGAAAUUCAUUUUAACCCCAGUUUUGGAUCGUUUAUGAUUGGACACAACAGCAAACACAUUCACCACUUUCACAUGAAUACACCAAAGUAUUUCCUCCAGCAUAAUAAAGAAGAAAAAAUUAAAAUGUGAUUUCAGUAAUAGCAAUAUUCUGAUGUUAUGCAUAUCGUAGUACAUAUUAUUUGAAACUAUGGACUAUUACUACAAGAUGUGUUUUGACUUUAUUAAAGAUGGUAUUGUAUGGUGGCUAAAACAUUAGAAAGCGCAUGACCAGAAAAGACCUACAUCAUCAAUUCUACAACAUCUAUUACAAACUUGUGCAAAUUUUAAAAAACUGGGAUAACUUUAGGGUCUUUAUGGAUUCUUCUUUUGUUCCUUUUCUGGAUAGGACUUUACGAUCCCAGCAACUUAGAAACUAUUAAGUUGCAUUUAACUUCCAAUUUUCUCUAUUUUUAAAACCCUCAAAUUUGAUGCUAAUGAGAUACACACCAGCUACUUGUUGUUGGAAAUUUAUUCACUUUACUGAAGGGAGAAGUUCAGUCUUGUUUGAUAUCCAUAUUUCAUUGGAAGCAGAUUGUAUAAUGCAAAGUGAUGGCAGUGGUUGAAAUUAUUCCUUAAAUAUAAUGUUGUAAUGAUCAAUUACAUCAAGAAUGCUGGCUACUGAUCUUCUCACUCUUGGUGGAAGUGAAUUCAUAAGUACGAGUAAAAAUAGGAUUUAGACUUGCCUACAGCAGAAUUAUUAUUCACGUCAAGUCCUUUUGUGGUACUGUUCAUUGGCCAUUGGACUAGCCCUGCAAUUCAAUAAGUGUGAGUGCAUCUCCGACAUGAAAAAGAAAUUAUAAAACUUGGGGAUGACAGAACAUCAAGUAAGUUAUAUGUUUUCCCCAUUCAUACUUGCUUUCUUACACAAGUUACCAUUUGCUAGCUGAUGUAAUGAACAGACAUGUUUUCUGGCAACUGACAAUGAUUCAAUGACUAGUUUAAAACAUUUGGGUUAGGAAUAGGUUGGUGAAGAAUGUGUUACAAGAUAAAUACGGAAGCAAUUAGGUCAACGUAAUGAUAGCUGUUUGCUAGCACAGAACUUCAGUACUGCUGAAAAGACAGAGCAAUUCGCAAAAAAUGUAAAAAGUAAUAAGGUGUCACAUAGUGAGUUUUGAAAAGAUUUGUAGCUCAGGUUGAGGUUCUGGGUGUAGGUUUGC